CUCGGGGGCGGGGCCGCUGGGCUGCAUUCGGCCCUUUCCGUGUUACUUCGUCCUUUGCCGUCAUCUUCGGUCCUUUCCGUUUUCCCUCGUCCCUUUCCGUGUUACUUCGUCCUUUGCCGUCAUCUUCGGUCCUUUCCGUUUUCCCUCGUCCCUUUCCGUGUUACUUCGUCCUUUGCCGUCAUCUUCGGUCCUUUCCGUUUUCCCUCGUCCCUUUCCGUGUUACUUCGUCCUUUGCCGUCAUCUUCGGCCCUUUCGUCACUCUUCGUCUUCGGCCCAGCAGUCCCCAGGUCCCUCCGGUGCCCCCGGGGACAUGGCCGGGGGUCGCCGCUCCCCGCCCGGUCCGUACUGCCCGGGGCAGGGCGCGAUGCCCGGUUCUUGCUGCCCGGGGCCGGUGGCCGUUCCCAGCGUACACCAGAGCCUGGCCGAGAUGGACUUCGAGCGGGGGAUCUGGGCGGCCGCGCGGGACGGAGACGAGCCGCGGCUGCUGCGGCUGCUGGAGCGGCGCGAGGACCCCGGAGAGCCCGACCGGGCGGGGUACACGGCACUGCACUACGCCAGCCGAAACGGGCACCUGGGGGUAUGUCGGAUGCUGCUGGAGCGGGGGGCUCCCUGCGACGCCCGGACCCCCGGCGGGGCCACCCCCCUGCACCGCGCCUGCUAUUGCGGCCACCUCGCCGUGAGCCGCCUCCUGCUCCAGCACGGGGCCGACCCCGCGGCCACCGACGGCGACGGGCGGACCCCCCUACACAAGGCAGCAGAGCAGGGGCACCGUGAGCUCUGUGCACUCCUCCUGCGGCACUGCCCAGCUCUGGCCACACUCCAGGAUUCCAGGAGCCGCCUCCCACGGGAUGGGGCCCACCCGGACGUGUGGGACCUGCUGGACACCUGAAGGCCACCUGGAACAACCCCUGUGGGACACCUGGAGCCACCCCUGUGGUGGAGGCAUCUCCAAUGGACAAACACAGCCCAUGGCACCGACUCUGUCCCCUUGUCACCUGUGCCAGGGGCCAGGGUGGGGGGAGUCACACCAGGAUGGUGGUGCAGACACCCCUCCGCCUUCCAGGGACUUUGUUUCCUAAAAAACCCACUAAAAAUGUGGAAAACAGUCUGUUGGAACAGUAAAUUCCACAGGAGGUG